AUGGAGUCGGUAAAACAAAGGAUUUUGACUCCCGGCAAGGAGGGAUUGAAGAAUUUUGCUGGAAAAUCGCUUGGUCAACUCUACAGGAGGGUCUUAGAGAAGAGGCAGAAGCCCGGGGACACCAUCGAGCUGACUGAAGAUGGAAAGCCCAUGGAAGUGCCCGAAAAGAAAGCCCCGUUGUGCGACUGCACCUGCUUCGGGCUGCCCCGGAGAUACAUCAUUGCCAUCAUGAGCGGACUGGGAUUCUGCAUUUCCUUCGGAAUCCGAUGUAACUUGGGAGUGGCCAUCGUGGAUAUGGUCAAUAACAGCACCAUACACCGAGGAGGAAAAAUUAUUAAAGAGAAAGCGAAGUUUAAUUGGGAUCCUGAAACAGUCGGCAUGAUCCACGGCUCUUUUUUCUGGGGAUACAUAAUCACCCAGAUCCCCGGAGGCUACAUCUCAUCUCGGCUGGCAGCAAACAGAGUAUUUGGUGCUGCUAUACUGCUGACAUCUUCCCUCAACAUGUUAAUACCAUCUGCAGCCAGGGUGCACUACGGAUGUGUCAUCUUCGUUAGGAUCUUGCAGGGCCUUGUAGAGGGUGUCACCUACCCUGCCUGCCAUGGUAUUUGGAGCAAGUGGGCCCCCCCAUUAGAAAGAAGUAGGUUAGCAACCACUUCCUUUUGUGGUUCCUAUGCAGGAGCUGUCAUUGCAAUGCCUUUAGCUGGGAUUCUAGUGCAAUAUACUGGGUGGUCUUCUGUGUUCUAUGUGUAUGGGAGCUUUGGUAUAGUCUGGUACAUGUUUUGGCUUUUGGUUUCAUAUGAGAGUCCUGCAAAGCAUCCUACAAUCACAGAUGAAGAGAGGAGAUACAUAGAAGAAAGCAUUGGAGAGAGUGCCAACCUCCUAGGUGCAAUGGAAAAAUACAAAACACCAUGGAGAAAAUUUUUUACAUCUAUGCCAGUCUAUGCAAUAAUAGUUGCAAACUUCUGUAGAAGCUGGACUUUUUACUUGCUGCUAAUUAGUCAGCCUGCUUACUUUGAGGAAGUGUUUGGAUUUGAAAUAAGCAAGGUGGGUAUCUUAUCUGCUGUGCCACAUUUAGUGAUGACAAUUAUUGUUCCUAUUGGGGGACAAAUUGCUGACUUUUUAAGAAGCAGGCAGAUUGUUUCAACGACUAAUGUGAGAAAGAUAAUGAACUGCGGCGGUUUUGGUAUGGAAGCAACUCUUCUUCUCGUGGUGGGAUAUUCACACAGCAAAGGAGUGGCUAUUUCAUUCUUAGUGCUUGCUGUAGGCUUUAGUGGAUUUGCCAUAUCUGGAUUCAAUGUCAACCAUUUAGACAUUGCCCCAAGGUAUGCUAGCAUUUUAAUGGGGAUUUCUAAUGGAGUCGGGACCUUGUCUGGAAUGGUUUGCCCUAUAAUUGUUGGAGCAAUGACAAAGAACAAGACACGUGAAGAAUGGCAGUAUGUCUUCCUCAUUGCUGCUUUAGUUCAUUAUGGAGGUGUGAUCUUCUACGGCAUAUUUGCUUCAGGAGAGAAACAACCCUGGGCAGACCCUGAACAGACAAGUGAAGAGAAAUGUGGCUUUAUUCAUGAAGAUGAACUUGCUGAAGAGACAGGGGACAUUACUCAGAAUUAUGUAAAUUAUGGUACCACCAAGUCUUAUGGUGCUACAACCCAGGUGAAUGGUGGCUGGCCUAAUGGCUGGGAGAAAAAAGAGGAAUUUGUACAAGAGGAACUACAAGACUCAUACAACUACAAGGAAAGAGAUUAUUCAUAA